AUGCCUCGACACGACUUCGAUGAUGGAGGCAUGGGGGGUUCUGCGGACAGCCCUGAAGGUAUGAACAAGGGUUCGUGCCACCAGUCUACUCGAGGCGGCAUCAAGGAUGGACAAGGUAACAAAAACGAUGUGAAUGGCUUUUUGGAAGAGAAGAAAGCCCAGCAUGCGGAAUAUCCGCAAGGAGAACACCGCCAUGGAGAACAUCGGCCAAAAGAGCAUCGGCACAAGGACCACCGGCCGAAGGAUCAUGGGCAUGAGGAGAAUCGGCAAAAAGAACAUGGGCACAAGGAGCACAAGCCGAAGGAACAUGGGCAUGAGGAGAAUCGGCAUAAAGAACAUCGGCACAAGGAGCACCGGCCGAAAGAACAUGAGCAUGAGGACAAUGGGCCAAAAGAGCAUCAGCAUAAGGAGCACCGGUCUAAGGAACAUGAGCAUGAGGAAAAUCGGCAUAAAGAACAUCGGCACAAGGAGCACCGGCCGAAAGAACAUGAGCAUGAGGACAAUGGGCCAAAAGAGCAUCAGCAUAAGGAGCACCGGUCUAAGGAACAUAAGCAUGAGGAAAAUCGGCAUAAAGAACAUCGGCACAAGGAGCACCGGCCGAAAGAACAUGAGCAUGAGGAAAAUCGGCAUAAAGAACAUCGGCACAAGGAGCAUCGGCCGAAAGAACAUGAGCAUGAGGAGAAUGGGCCAAAAGAACAUCGGCACAAGGAACAUGGGCGUGACGAACAGGGGCACGACGAACAUCGAACCAAGGAACAUCGGCCCAAGGAGCCCAAGGAACACCGGCACAAGCAACAUGGGCGUGACGAACAUGGGCACGACAAGCAUCGAACCAAGGAACACCGUCAAGGAGAGCCCAGCGACGGGAAACACCAACAUAAGGAGCGAGAUAAAGGACACCAAGAGACAGAGGACGCGAUGACAAAUUUCAGCAAAAAGCUGUAUAAAUCUGCUCUCACCCAUUUCCGCGAAAACAGCGGAUCGUCCUACCCGUGCACGCAGAGCGAGAUUGACUUCCACCACCAUGGCGUGUUCGAAAAACCAAACAAAGGCCCCUUUGUGACUGCCAUUCAAGCAACAGAAGAAGUCAUGCGCUGGAACGACGCGAAGAGAGCACCCCCCCGAGAGGAACUGGCUAUCAUCCGGAACCUAGCCGUCGCCGUUCACGACGCCGAAAAAAACCUCCUCUUCGGUCCCGACCUCGCGAUCAAGGCUUUCGCGGACCUCGACCGUGUCUUCUUCGGCGGACGACUCCGGGGUCACGUCGCGGUGCAGUGGGUCAAGGUGGUGAAUCCGGAUGGGAGGGUGGGAGAAGCGGCGUACUGCAAGACGGGACAAUGCCACAUCAGGUUGAGCGCGGGGGAAAUCUUCACGAGGAAGUGGCGCGAGAUCGGUAAGAACCCCGUGGCGAUCACGUUCGGCACUUUGCUGCAUGAGAUGUGCCACGCUUAUGAUAUGGUAAGAUGCCCGCAGGAGGCGUGGCGAGGCGACUGCCACGACGAGCUUUUUGGAACCAAGAUUUCCGUCGUCCAUGACCGCGCCACCCAUAUUCUGGGAACGGCCCAAGCUUGGAGCCAACUGUUCAACGACCAGACUUCCCCCCAACCUCCAGCUCUCUUGAACAUCUGCUUGUACGAGGGUGUCCACAGUACAGACCGUGAGCGUCGUGAUGGUUGA